AUGCCCACUCUGAAGAUUCCUGAAUACGAGCUGAACUUAAAGGCUGUGUUGCAGCCCGGGCAGUCUUACCGGUGGCGCAGCAACUACGGCGUUUUCUAUGGAGUUGUGGAUGGAAUUCUGUUGGAACUCAAACGUGUCAAUUGCGAUGAAAUCCAUUGGGAGUGCCUUGGCCGCUCUAUGCGCGCUGAAGGAAUUGACAUUCCGGAAAAACUCCGUGAAUACUUCCAGCUAGACGUUUCACUGAUGGAUCUAUGGGACAACUGGUCUGCAAAAGAUUUGCUGAUGGCUGACCUGAGACAUUCUGAAGAUGUACAAGGCCUUCGCAUACUCAAGCAGGAGCCACUGGAAGCUCUUUUGGCAACCAUCUGCGCAAUAAACGCUGGCAUUGAUCGGUCAUCUAUUAUUAUUAACAGCAUGGCCCAAUUAUACGGUGAUCUGAUUGCUAUCGACCAAAGUACAGUCGGCCCUCAAGUUGUAUUUCUAUUCCCGGAACUGCGUUACGCUUUUCCUACAUUAUUGCAACUGACGAGAGUGCAGGACCUCCUGGAACCUUUCUUCUGCAAGCAUCUCGUCCCACCUGCGGCCAAAUGUCUCAGGUAUGUUGACCACUAG